AUGCGCAUGAUAUACGUUAUAAUGGUAAAGAAAAGAAAGCAGGUCUCGUAAAAAUAUUUAAUACGCAAAUUCGGCCGCUUAUACCGUCUUUACGAGAAAAAGAAAUGAAAAAUCAGUCAUUGAUGGAAAACAUAGCUACAUCAUCUGGAACAUCUUCACAUUCAGAUCAAAUUAUAUCUAGAGUGGCAUCUACAUCUACAUCAAAGAAUAUUGAAUAUUCAAAAAUUAACAAUAAAAGACAAAGUAAUGCUAAUUGUACUCCCUGCCCGCCUUAUGCUCAUUGCUCGAAGGGUAAGAUUACUUCGUGUGAUGAAGGUUUUGCGUUGGCAUCUUCUUCAAUUUACUGGCUCAAACCUUUCACCAGUAGAUGUAUAUUUGAUUUUAACCGUGAACGAAAGGUUAAAGAAUAUACAAAACUUCUUAAAAGUAUUGCUAUUGAAGAAAUUGGUAAAACUGAAUGUGAAAGUAGUCCUCGUGAAAAUUUAUUAUUUCAGAAUCUCCUUGUUUUGCUUCGUAGUAAAAAAUUACCACGUCAAGAUGCUGAAAAAAAUUUUAAAAUUUUCUCACGACUUGCAUUGGAAAACUUGAGAUUAGAUGAUCAGGUUAAGGUUAUCGAUGAAUGGUAUGGUUUAAACUUAACCACAAAUACUGAUUCUAUUAUUGGACAUAUCUCUCCAUUUGGAGUUUCGGAGAUUUCUUCAUUCGGAAUCCCAAAUACUAAGAUUUAUAAGACUAAGAUUACGGCAUUAUCAAUGGAUAAUUCGGAUUAUCUUUCGAUUAAAAGAUUUUUUAUCUCGGGACUUCCUGAUUGCACUGUACUUGGAAUAUUGAAAUUAAAUAUGCCAACUAAGCUUGUAGAGGCUCAUGAAAAGUAUAAAAGACAGAAUUAUGAUAUGUUAACGCAUAGAAUGUUCCAUGGUACAAGAUCUCUAUGCGAUCCCCAACGAUUUAUCACAAAUCCACAAGCCAUAUUUUGCAACUAUGGUUGUGGUGUGUGCGGAAUAAUGCGAGAAGGCAACAAAACAACAUAUGCUUCUAGUCGCCGCCAUAUGUGGUUUGCCAACAGUUCAUCAACAUCAUAUAAUUAUUGCAACACAUCACUUCUACUUAGUCAUUAUACUUACAUGGGUAAAUAUAAUUAUGUUACAAAUGCAAUGUUUGUUGUUGAUGUCGUUGCUAAAUAUUAUGAAUCGGUACUCAUAGUUGAACGUGAUGAGGCCGCUAUACCAAAAUUUCUUAUUAUAUUUCAAUGA